GCGGUGAGCCUGCUGCGGAAAAAGUGACAUUGUUUUGUUGAAUUGAGUUUGUUGAUGUAAAAAAUACUGUUUUUCUCACAAAUCUAGUCUUUUAUUAGUUAAUAAUAAAGUUAAACUAGGCGUAGUUUUCUAUUUUUAUUAAUUCAAGUAACUAUUUAUAUUCACAAGCAGCAAAAUGAAUGCUAUGGCGAUGGAAAAAGACGAGCCGUCUUCGUUGUUAUCAUUUUCAUCAAACCACCCUCUGGAGCAGUUUGUGCUGUUGGCCAAAGGUGCAAAAGGCUCAGCAUGCGCAGAACUGAUCAAGCAAGUUCUCGAAGCACCAGGAGUUCAUGUGUUUGGGGAACUGUUGGAGAUGCCAAACAUAGCAGAGUUAGAAACCGGCACUUACGAGAAGCACUACAAGACACUGAACCUCUUUGCGUACGGCACCUACAAAGACUACUUGGAGAACAAGUCUGACUACCUGGAGCUGACGCCAGCGCAGUGCAAGAAGCUGCAGCACCUCACCAUCGCCACGCUCGCCACGCAGGAGAAGUGCAUCCCGUACAGCGUGCUGCUGAAGGAGCUGGACAUAAAGAAUGUCCGGGAUUUGGAAGACCUGAUCAUUGAAGCUAUUUAUGCAGAUAUCAUCCAUGGUAAAUUAGAUCAAGAAUGUAAGCGGGUAGAAGUAGAUGUAGCCUUGGGUCGGGAUGCUCGCCUGGAGGAUGCUGCCUCCAUCGCUGAUGUCCUCGCUGACUGGUGUGGCGCUUGCGAGGCUGUGCUAGCGUCUGUAGACCGUCACAUCUCCAGGGCUAACCACCACAAGCAGAGGUCUAUUAGACAUCAACAUACUAUUGAACAGGAGAUACAAUACAUAAAGAAGACCCUCAAGACUCAGUCAGAGAACGAGGAAUCGGCAGCCGGCACCGGCGCCGAGACACACUCGGCCCCCAAGAAGACCUCUGGCAAGGGCAAGACGCCACGCAACGCCGCCAAGUUCUGGCAGAAGACCACAUAACCUGUUAGAUUAUAACUUUAUUGUGAUACUUAUACUUACUUACAGAAAUGAUAAACUGGGAAUGAAUAAAUGUUUAGAUACUCUCGCUCUUUA